AGGGAUUUUGGACGUCGCCCUGGAGUGAUAGCAUAAGGGGGAAUGACUUCAACUGAAAAAAAAAAAAAAAGAGGCAGGCUUAGAUUAGAUACGAGGAGGAAAUUCUUCCCUGCUAGUGGGGUGAGGCCCUGGCACAGGUUGCCCAGAGAAGCUGAGGCUGCCCCAUCCCUGGAAAUGUUCAAGGCCAGGUUGGAUGGAGCUCUGAGCCUAAGGGAAGGUGACCCUGCCCAUGGCAGGGUGUUGGAAUAGCAGGUCCCUUCCAGCCCCAGUCGUUCCAGGAUUCCCCAUGUUUUGGCGAGCUCUGUAGUACAGUUUCCCAUUAAAUGGUUCACACACGAUGCCAAACCAUCCCUGGAAAUAUACCUUGUUUUUAUGUUCUUUCCUUUAGUUUUGGCUCCAGGUAAUCCCAGGGGUUCCCCAGAUGCUUGCCCUUGGGAAGAAGCAUCCUGCCACAACAGCCUUGCCCAUCCUUUAUCUCAUCCUAAGGCAUUAAAGCCUCUAGGUCAAAUCUGUCAAGCAGCCUGGGAAAUGCUCUGGCUGAAGGGAUGGCAAAUUCCUCCCCUCACCCCGUUCAGUUGUGACUUGGGGCAGUCAGUGCCGUUCAUCCCCGUGCCAGAGGCUCUGGUUCCAUCAGUGGGCUGACAGGGAGGGCAGUGAAAUGGCACGACAAGAUGGAUGUAAUUGUCACCCUGUGUUUGAUUGCAUGGCCAGGUUUUGGUCAGGGGGGGCUUCUGGGGUGGCUUCUGUGGGAAGAUAGCAGGAGGCUCCUCCAUGUCCAGCAGAGCCAGUGGCAGACAGCUCCAGGACAGACGAGUUGCUGGCCAAGGCCAAACCCUUCAGCCACAGUGGUAACGCCUCUGUGAUAACGUAUUUAAGAAGAAAACAAAAAAGUUACUGUGCAGAUGCAAUUGCAGCCAGAGAAGAGUUGAGUGAGAAUACGUGAGGGGAAUAGCUCAGCAGACACCAAGGUCAGUGCAGAAGGAGGGGGAGGAGGUGCUCCAGGCACUGGAGCUGAGAUUCUCGUGCAGCCCAUGGUGAGCCAGCUGUGCCCUCGAAGCCCAUGGAGGGCAUGGGAAUGCAGAGAUCCACCUGCAGUCCCAGGGGGAGCCCAUGCUGGAGCAGGUGGAUUCCUGAGAAGAGGCUGUGAACCCAUGGGAUGCCUGUGCUGGAGCAGGUCCUGGCAGGAACCUGCAGACCCGUGGAGAGAAGAGCUCAUGCUAAAGCAGUUUUCCCAGCAGGACUUGUGACCCUGUGGAGGGCCCAAGCUGGGGCAAGCUGUGCCUGAAAGACUGCACCCCAUGGAAGAGUGAUCCAUGUUGCAGCAGUUUGUGGAGAACUGUUGCCCAGGAGAUGGACUCACGUUGGAGAAGUUCAUGGAGAGCUGUCUCCCAUGGGAGGGACCCCAUGCUGGAGCAGGGGAAGGACUCCAACUCUUCUCCCUGAGUCACAGCAGGGAAAACAUGUGAUGAACUGACCAAAACCCCCAUUCCCUGCCUCCCUGCACUGCUGAGCAGGAGGAGGUAGAGCUGGGAAGAAGGGAGUGGUGGAGGAAAGGUAUUUUUAAGAUUUAUCUUACUUCUCGUUAUCCUGCUCUGAUUUUGUUAGCAACAAAUUCAGUUAAUAUCCCCACUAUGAGUCUGUUUUGCCUGUGAUGGUAUUUGGUGAGUGAUCUCUCCUGGACCUUAUCUCAACUCAUGAACCUUUGUUACAAUUUUUCUGUCCCCUUCCAGAGAGAAGUGAUAGAGUGGCUUUGGUGGAUGUGAGGCAUCCAGCCAGGGUCAACUCACCACACACACAGAAGAGAAGGCAGCAGGGUUUGCUCUUACUGACAAAAGCUGAUUUAUUUGGAUGAAGGAUCAGAUCUCCUGAACAUGACAGCUCAUCAUUGUCCAGUUGCAAAGGACCUUGGAGCAGCAUCUCCAGCUGGAGCAGGAGAGAUUCCACAAGCUUAUGCCCCCUAGUCUUGCCCAAUCACAUCCCAUAUAAGUGGUUAUUAAUUACUAUAAACUACCUACACAACAUCUCUGAACUAUCUUAAAUGUGUAUAUUCCACUGUUGCAAAUGGUCUGUGCAGUUUAAGUGGUGCUGCAGCAGGAACCAGCUGGAGAGGCUAUGGGAUCAUAGAGUCAGAGAAUCAUUUAGACAGGAAAAGACCACUAAGACCACCAAGUACAAUCCAUCCAUCAUCCAUCAGAUCCCCAGACCCUCCCUACAGGGUGGGGACACUUGGAAACACGCAGGUCAUGGUUCUCCAUUGGUUUAGGUGCAGAAGGAGCUCCUGGGGGUGAUUCUAUGAUUCAGUGAUCCUCAGACCUGUCCCAAAGCUCCUGAAUCCAGCAGUCAGAUGCUUCCCUGGGAGUUCAGUCCAUCAGUUGGUUCAGUCUCUACUGCAGGAAAGAGCUGGGGAGUACCUGGGCCACCCUGGGGCUGGAUGUUGACCUGCAGUGUGUGUGCCUGGGCACGGCCCUGGCUCCCAGCCACACCAAAGGCACACCCAGGGGCAAAACGGAAUUUUAUCAUAGGAUCACAGAGCCAUAGUUUGGGCUGGAAAGGAUGUUAAAGACCUUCUAGUUCCAACCCCCCUGAACAAGUAGGGAUGCCUUACACUAGACCAGGUUGCUUAGAAGCCCAUGCAGCCUAUCCAUGAAUGCUUCCAGGAAUGGGGCAGGGAUUAUCCUUCUAUCACACUUUAAUAUUAUAGGUGCUGUUAGAGCAGACUCUGAGGAAAGGGGUCAUUCUGGUCAGCCCUGGAGGAUUUUUCCCAGUGGUCCUGGGGGGUUUCUAGGUUUCUCAGGCUGUUCUUGUGGCCAAGGAACACUUGUCUGUCCUGGCUGCUCCAUCCUCAAGUCCUCAAGGGACAUUCACCUGUCCUGACUGCUCCAUCCCCAACCCUGGCAUUGCAUGAACUAAGGCCAACAAACUGCACUGUGCAGAGUCAGCGAGUCCAGCCUCGCCUGCCUGACCUUGGGCAAGGGGAGGGACAGGCCUGGGAUCCCAAGAGGGAGGGAGGUGGUGGGAGAGAGUGUCGCACUGCAAGGACAGGGAUAGUGCUGGCCCUGAAAACCAAAAGGCUCAGGUUUGGUAGAGCAGGGAAGGUACAUAAAGCAGCACUCUAGACACCUAGCCCAGGGCAUUCCCUGCCUGGGCAGGACACUUGGCUCCCUUUGCAUCAUUCCACAGCCAGCAGGAAAAGUGGAUCAUGGGUAUGGACCAGAGCCAAGAGAUUGAGGUGCAGGCAGAGAAUUUCCGAGAGCCACGAGCUGAUGCAAGUCCUCAUGGGAACAUGUGAGAUAACCAAGUAGCAAAAGGCACUGGCAGAGUCCAGGCGAGAGCAGUGCAGCCACAGCCAGGGCAGCAUGGCAGGGCUCCACGUCCGCUCCCUUCUGGUGACUGGAGCCAACCGAGGCAUCGGCCUGGGGUUUGUCCAGCAUUUCCUGAGGAUGCCAAACCCACCACAGUGGAUCUUUGCAAGCUGUCGGGACCCCAAGGGACAGAGAGCACAGGAGUUACAGAAUUUGGCCUCCAAGCACCCCAACGUCAUCAUCAUCCCGCUCGAAGUCGCUGACCCCACCAGCAUCAAGGCAGCUGCAGCCAAGGUUGGGGAGCACCUGGGGGGCUCCGGGCUGAACCUCCUCAUCAACAAUGCUGGAAUUGUGAAGCUGAACACACUUGAUACUGAAACAUUAGAGGACAUGAGGGAGAUUUACACCACCAACACGGUUGGACCCCUGCUGAUGGGCCAGGCAUUUCUGCCCUUGCUGAAGAAGGCUGCCCAGGGGAGCCCAGGCUCAGGGCUGAGCUGCAGCAAGGCUGCCAUCGUCAACAUGUCCAGCAUUGGCGGCUCCAUCGCUUCUUCCUUUGACUGGGAGUUGAUGCAAAUCACCUCGUACCGCUGCAGCAAGGCUGCUCUGAACAUGCUGAGCAGGUGCCAGUCCCUGGCGUACAAGGAGCACGGCAUCCUCUGCGUCGCUCUCCACCCCGGCUGGGUGCAAACUGACAUGGGCAGCUCUGCCGGGCACACGCCCCCUGUGACAGUGGAUGACAGCGUGCAAGGGAUGCUGAAGGUCCUCUCCUCCCUCUCUGAGAAGGACACCGGCGCCUUCCUGGACUGGGAAGGGAACGUCAUACCCUGGUGAGACACCACUUCAGGAUCCUGGCAGCCAAGAGCUACCUUUGGCACUGCUCCCACCUCCCCCACAUCCUCAAUAAACUCCUGCUGAGACCCCCA